AACCCUGAAACCCCUCUCGCGUGUUUCUGUGAAUGGCUGCAGCAGGCAGUGAAGGGGUUAAUACCAGUCACUCAGCAUGCGGGAGCCGUGGCGGGCGGGCAGGCAGGCAGUGCAGAGGCUGACCUCUGACCCCUCAGGAAAGGAAUGUGGAAGCUCUUUCAUCCAGGACAGAAACCAAAGACACCCGGGCGGUUGGAAAGUGGCGGUUCAAUUCUGCUUUCAGCGUUUUUGAUUAGGGGAAGUCAGUGAAGAUGCAGAACAGUAUUUCCCACUCACCCCCAACCAUAGCUGUUGGGACUGGGUGAGGAGGAGAGAACACGAGAGAGAAGGAGAGGAGCAACUGAAGCAGAGAGAGAGAGAGAGAAGGAAAGUGCAGAGACUAAAGUAGGACGAGUAGGAUUUUAACAGAUUUUGGAUCACCUCGAUGUUGCUGCUGGAUUGUCGGCCUUUCCUGUGAGCUGUCAGUCACCCUCUUUUUUGACAAACCACCCCUGCAACUUCCCACGUUGAGCCUGCAAGGCAGGGGAGCCACAAGUGAGUUUUCAUGGCAGCGGCACUCUAGGGCUGCCAUGGCAGCUGCUGCCGCUGAUGCCUCACACCGUAUUACCGCACUGACGCCGGAGGAAGAGGGACGACGGACUGCUGCCAGGCUGUUUGGGAGCGCCGCCCCACUGCCACGGACAGAGAAAGAGAGAGAGAGAGAGAGGGGGAAAGAGAGAGAGAAGGAGAGGCAAGAAGGAGGAGAAGAGGUAGGGAGAGCAAGCGGGAACGAGUGUUUGGUGUGCGGGGCUCUGUUCGCCUCACAGGAGAAGCUGCGGGUCCACGGCUUGAGUCACACAGGAGAGAAACCCUUCCACUGCUCGCAGCCACACUGUCCCAAGGCCUUCAGCUCCAAAUACAAACUCUUCAGGCAUAUGGCCACACACUCUCCACAGAAGACCCAUCAGUGCUCAUUCUGUGAGAAAAUGUUCCACCGCAAAGACCACCUAAAAAACCACCUGCAGACCCAUGACCCCAACAAGGAGGCCUUCAAAUGUGAGGAGUGUGGGAAGCACUACAACACCAAGCUGGGAUAUAAGCGCCAUGUGGCCAUGCACUCUGCCACGGCAGGGGAUCUCACCUGUAAAGUGUGCAUGCAGAGCUACGAGAGUACACCUGUUCUCCUGGAGCACCUCAAGAGUCACUCUGGGAAGUCUUCGGGCGGUGCCAAGGAGAAAAAACACCCGUGCGACCACUGUGACCGUCGUUUCUACACACGGAAGGAUGUGAGGCGGCACAUGGUGGUCCACACGGGCCGAAAGGACUUCCUGUGCCAGUACUGUGCCCAGCGCUUUGGCAGGAAGGACCACCUGACACGCCACGUGAAAAAGAGCCACUCACAGGAGCUGCUGAAGAUCAAGACGGAGCCUCCGGAUAUGUUAGGCCUUUUAGCUUCUGGAUCGCCACCUUGCUCUGUGAAGGAGGAGCUCAGCCCCAUGAUGUGCGGCAUGGGUUCCAAUAAAGACCCCAUGAUGGGCAAACCGUUCCCCAGUGGGGCCCCUUUUCCAAUGGGCAUGUACAACCCCCACCAUCUCCAGGCGAUGUCUAAUACUGGGGUGGGUCACCCACACCCGUCCCUAAUGCCCAGUUCCUUGUCUGCAGCUAUGGGCAUGGGUUGUCACAUGGAAUCCCCUGGAUCUAUUCACCCACACUCCCAUCAUCACCACCAUCAUCACCACCAUCACCACCACCACCAUUCCCCUCCAUUGCCCCCACACCACCAGCCUCCGGCUCCCCAGCAGCAGCACCAGCCCCAGCCAGCCCCCAAAUACCAGCUGGGAUCUACCUCAUACCUGCUGGACAAGCCCUUGAAAGUGGAGAUGGAGAGCUUCCUCAUGGAUCUGCAGAGUGGCUUGCCAGGCCCGGUUCCCUCUGCAGAGCCCCACGCUGCUGCCUCGCCCCCCAAGGACGGACUGGAGCCCACCUCGGGCCUGACGGAUGAGCUUUGCGGGGAUCCCCUCCUGUCCAAGAGCCCUGCGGUGAUCGCUGAGUCUCUGUGUGCUGCUAACAUGGACUUCUCCCACCUGCUGGGGUUCCUGCCCCUCAACCUGCCCCCGUACAGCGCCCCCAUGAGCACGGGAGGGCUGGUGAUGGGCUACACCUCAUCUGCAACCUCCUCCACUUCUUCCUCCUCCUCUUCCUCAUCUCUGCACGCUGCCGAGCCCCAUGCUGCAGCAGUCGCCGCGGCAGCAGCUGCCGUCGCCACGGCACCUCUUACCUCUUUGCAACCGCAACCUCAGGAGCAGCAGAGCUCCAGUGGGGGUCUGGGCCUCGGACCCCUGCACCCCCUCCCCCCAGUGUUCAGCUCCAGCCUUAGUACCACCACACUGCCUCGCUUCCACCAGGCCUUCCAGUGAGGAGAGCGGGCCCUCGGCCCAGCCCUGCCCAGCCAAGACGGCCCCCCAAUGCCAGCCUCAGCUCAGCUCAACUUGGAUAUUUUGAGCUUUGGUUCUUUGUAGAACCUGAUCAAAAAGUUGGAGAAUUAGAAUAAACAAACACACAAAUGAACACUUAGAAGCCUUAAAUGAAAGCACACAAAAGCUUUUGAUUGAGCCUUACAUGGAAGUUUAACCCCUUUGAGCACAAAGGAAAAGGUGAGAAAAGAAGUUGAAGCAGCUUUUAUUUGGGCUUUUUUUUCCUAUCCUAUAGUUAUACGAUGUAUUAACCCUUCUUUUUUAAUUUCCAUUUACUUCCCCUUUUAUCCCCCUUCAUCCCCUAUGUAGUAGUAUAGAGGGCAGGAUCAGUAGGCCAAAAGGCGUGGUACUGCAUACUUUCUAAUGUAAUAAUUUAAAAAAAAAAAUCAAAGAUAAUUUUUAGUGAAGAUUGUCUGUCUUGUUGUGACCCAGAAAAAAUAUAGUUUGAAGUGGAUAUUUUGUUUUACUUUAUUUUUCUUUUCCAAAUGUAAGAACAUGGUAGAAUGUGUCUCAUCUUGAGUUCUGAACCACCCACUCUAAUUACUUAAACUGCCAUGAUUAGUAUGGAGAGGAGAGAGAUUAGUGAAGGAACGAAGAGAGAUGGACAUUGAGGUAACAACCGAACCUUAACUCUAAAAUCCUCCUCUGAACAGCUAGGCCAGAGCCACAAAAGCGACCCCUGCCUCUAAAAAAAGUGCUCUUCAGACAAGAAAAAAAAAUUUAGAUGAAAGUCACAAUUAUUUUUUUAACUGUAACUGAUGUGCUCCUAGAGUCAGGUCAGUUUGAAUGAAAAUAGCUCACUAAAUGAAAAACAGAGACCUGUGUCACGACUGAUAAGAGUCCUCUGUUUCCUGCCAAACUCAAGGACCAGUCACACACAUGGCCACACAUUUAUAACGAAAAGAAAAAGAAACGUUAAAGUGUGUGAGCUGGUUGACAAUGGUGUAUUAUCAUGCUGGCUUUUUUUUUCUUUUUUUCCCCCUUUUCCUCAAGAGAAGCACUUUUUUUAGCAGAAGGCACUUCAUCUUUAGGAAUCUCCUUGGGAAACCUUUAGUCUCCCUCCACGUGACUUCUAGAGGUUUUCACUGCCUGAGACUUUGUCCUCGCCCGUAGUCCCCUCACAAGACCCAGAAUCCACCUGGUAUCGCCUGUGAAGGCUCUCUUUCCUUCACCUGUCUUCCUUUCAGCAUUGAUCUUUAAAAGUUCCCGUGGUAAUGAUACACUGCAGCCGUCUCUCGGCUGCCCGACAUAUCUAUAACAUAGGCUAUAUUUUUGGAAUAUAAUACAGACACAUCUUUACGCAGUCUUUCAAAAAGAUGCCUCAUCAUGGUAAUGAUGAACCCUGACAUAUGUGAAUGGCAAAAACAAAAAAGAAAAAAAAACAGGAAUUACAGUGACAGAUGAGGAAAAAUGUGUUGAAGAAUGUUAUUGCAGUGUACGAAAUAUCUCAAAAAUGAAUAUUAUAAUUGCUUUUAUCUCAGUAAGGUGUAUUUUAGGUAGAUGUAUUAAAACUAAGUGAUGAUGUUUUUGAUGUCUGGCAGGUUUACAUUUGUGUGUAUCUUGCAUUUUUGAUCAAACAAAUGGAUGAAGUAUUAGCUUUUUCCCUUAAGCUUUCUCUGUCAUAUCCGAUCUUUACCUUUACAUGUACUUGAGUUAGUGUAGUGGAAUCAGAACUGUGGAUGGGAAAUAUCUAUAGAAGGCUGUUAGUGGCUUAAUAAUCGAGUAGGAUUUGAACUAGAUAGAUUGUGUCAUAGGGAUGCUGACAUGGAUGACCUAUGAAUUAAUGACUGCAGGUCUUAAUCCAGUCGAAUAUGUGACCCCUGGGCUGUGGUGAAAUCCCAGCCGAUCUCACCCUCAGCUCAGUGGUUUUGGAGAUCUUGGAGUUUAGAGCCUUUCUAACCAUUCACCACCAGCCUAAAAACAACCUGAGCCCAAAGUUAACCUAAGCCUCAAAGUGAAAUAGGUGCUCUUUAUCUAAUGUUCUGUCUGUGGCAUGACCAACACAACUGGCAUAACCAUAACUUCGCACAGGGCUGAGCUCCUGCAUCAUUUGUGAUAGUUCAUUUUGUGCGUAAACGUCGUUCCAGUCAUAGAAGAAGACCCGACCACUUUGCCUUUAGCAGUCAUCUUGCCGCAGGCAAACCCCUCCCACCAUUAAAUGUUGAGUUAAAAAAAAAAAAAAAAAAAAAAACGAACAGAAAAGAAAAAACAGGAAAAACAUAGCACAUAAAAAAAAGAAAAAUAAAAUACAUAUUGCUGCUUUUAGCUACGGUUGCUGAUGGACGACAACUGUAGACCACUAGAACAUUUCAAUUUUUUUUUUUUUUUUGCAAGAUGGACAGCAACCUGAAAACAUGCACAAACAGAACCGACAAAGUGUUCAUCAGCCCUGGCCCCAGCCCCAGCCACCCCCCACCCCCCCAUACUCCUCCUCCUCUUCUCUCAGCUGCUUUGUAGAGUCAAAGGAAAAGGGUCUGAAAAUACAGCAAUAUCUGGAAGAACGCAGUCACUGAAUUCCCGGGCUUUGACAUUCAAAGCACAGGGGGACACAUGACUGACUGCACGACUUGGGGUAUUGCUUAUAGUCAUAUAUUUGUUUUGUUUGUUGUCAUAUGAUAUAUUAUUUUCUGUUUGUAUAAAACAGGACCUCGAAAAAAACAACACAACACAUCACCUCAUUUUUAUUUGUUUUUAUUUUUCUUACCAAAACCUGGGGAGAAGAAACUACAUUUUUGCACAAUAGCGUGUUACAAAAUGCUACAAGUGUAAUCUGAAUUUUUAUACUGUAGGAAACGAAACCCCGACGACGAGCAGCUGACGGUCCCCUGUGUGUUAGACAGGUGAAUAUUCCCCGUGGAAGGGGGGAGCAGCUGAAAAUUCAGAAUCAGCAAGCGCCAGUGCUGAAAAAAACUUCCCCACAGUCUGACUGUUUAAUCACAGCUUCAUAGCUAAAAUCGAAGAUUUUAUAUUCCAAGUUCUGAACUGAUUUGAAAGUUAAUUUACUCUUAUUAGUCUCCCCCCCUGGAAAGUCAUUAUUGUGAUGAUGGCUCUUGUAAAAUGAUCAAAGUUUUUAUUGAUCCUAAAUAAAUUAGAUGUUGGCACCUUUCUGAUAAUUUACAAUAUAUUAAAAAGAAAAAGAAAAAGAAAAAAGGCAAGAUUCAAAUUUGACCUUUAUUAUGAGCUUAAAGAAGUAGUUUUUAAGAAAAAGUCUCUUGGCUUAAGUCAGAUUUGUAGCAAUCAAAUUGAGCAUUUAUAUUUUUGUAACAAAUAUUCAUUUACUCAAAAAAAAAAGAGUUAAGAAAAAGCUUUUGGCAUGUACUAAGUUUGUCCUCCCUGGGUUUCUGUGAGCUAAUCUGAAUUCUAGCACUUUCAACCUUUAAAAAAAAGAGUAUUUUUUUCUUUUAAAAUUUCAGCUUAUAUGUUCAUAUGUUUUUAAUUUUGUAUUGAUCCUGUACAUUAGUUUGAUGUGUAGACUUUAUCAACCUUUGUGUAUUUCUCUUCUCCAAAAGAAUAACAGUAUUUUUGAUAGACCUUUCACUAAUAUCCUCCUAUGUAAGAGCCCUCUGCCCCUUCUCCUUUGAAAUUUUUUUUUUUUGGGUAACCAGCUUUGCCUUCUUUCUCAUAAAUUUAUCUAAUCAACCUCUACAGCCAAGUGCUUUUAAAGAACAGCAACAACAGAUCUCUUAUUCUGAGGCGGUGAGAAACCGAGUGUUGUCAGGAGACUGUCAAAGCCACAGCCUGACCACAGCUUACCACUGAAACGCUGUUGCAGCAGAGACCCAUCUGGAGGCCAUUUUAGAGCAAGGAACUGAACAAAAAUUAAGUCAGGAGUGACCCCAAAAUAUAGCACUUAAAACAUGCAGCCGUGGUCACUGCUAAAAGGAGCAACUUCCUGCUCUAAUGGCUCGUAUGUGUGAAUGACGUCACCAUGUUUCAGGAGUUAGAGCUUCGGUUUGUCACUGUGGAGCGAGUCAAUGUGGCUUUAAAUAAUUAACCUUACUAAACAUAAGCUCAUCCAGUGGUCGAAAAAGUAAAAUAUUUGGAUUUUUUAAAGACGGAAGUGAAAAGUGUGGUCAGGUCGUGCUUGUAGCUGUGAAACACAGACAACGGAUCUCACGCUGGUGUAUCACCUAAGCUCACGUUGGUCAUAAGCUCAUAAGAUUUAUCAGAGAUGUUUCCAGUGAGACUCACCCAGGACUGGGUCGGUCAUUCUUCAUAGUGGGAUCAUUCUGUUUCUAGACUCGUACCACAGUCUGCAUGGAAGCCCAGUUCUGAAAAGAGAAGAAAAGAAAAACAUGGAAAAUAAUAAUUAAUAAUUAAUUAUGAGACACUAAAUCAAGAUUAUGAACUUGACUUGUAACAUUAAAAGUUACUACUUUACACAAUUUAUGGCGAAAUAUGUGAUGUUAAGUCAUAUAGUCUAAAUUCUGACUUAAAAUUUUGAAUUAGUAUCAUAACUUAGACUUAGUCAGAAAUUUGACUUAGUAUUUCAGAAUGUUGAGUGUAAGUCAUUUUGACCUACCAAUAAUCUGGACUUUUAUUUAGUAAGUUUAGUAAAAUAUGUAUUUACUUGCUUCAGUGAGUCAAAAUUGUUUUUA